CGUCAUUAUUCAACUUAGGUAUAAAGAAUUUGAAUUUUUUGCCAUAUUUAAGAAAUACCAGUGAAAUUAGACUAUGAGAAGAUAAGAAACAACAAAAUUAAAAUUUGUUGGUUCAUUUUCAUGUUAUUAUUAUUUUCAACGGACGCGGCGAAAACAAUUUUUAAUUUUUUUAAACCGAGGGGAGGUAUUCUAAGACAGUGGUAAACACAACAGCCAAAAGUUUUGGAAAAAUAUGAACAGUGACACAUUUUUAAGAAGUUAGAACGAACUUCGAAGACAACAUAGAUUUGAGAAAUGGACAGUCUUUGUGAAUCAAAAUGAGGAUGACAUUAUGAUCGGUGAUAAAGCCUGAAAAUCAUGCUUAAAACAUGAAGUUAGUCAGCACUGUGUUGCUAUGGCAUGUGAUGUGUUGCUAUGGAGAUGGUAUGCAGCACCUUGUGUUACUGGACAACCUUCCUGCUGCCUUCCAGGGGAAUGUUACACCCGACCUUAUUGUCACCACUAAUUUCAGCGGGUCAGUGAGUUUUAAGGAGUCCAGUGAUUUCAAGGUUCUGCUGAACAUCUCGUCCCCCAGUAUAGAUGAUGCUUAUUCCGUUAAAUCAGCCAUAGAAGACAGCAAGGGCAGGCUACUCAUACAAGUGUUUGAGGAGAGGAUCUCAGGUUCUGUCAUCACCCUACCAUGGAUAUUCACUGCAAUAGGAGUGGGGGCCUUCAUUGUUGCAGGCCUGGCCAUUCUGUGGGCGGCCCAUUGGUACUGUACCAAACAACACCUAAAACUUCAGCAGGAUAACCUGAGUUAUGGCAAUGUGAUGAAGCGAUCUCGUCACAGUAUUCAUCUGUCUUCUACUCACGCUGGGGAGUCUGUAGGACAGGAUGGAGAGGAGACGCUGAUGGGGGUACCAGAGGAGCCGGAGGAAGAGGAAGCCGAGAACAGGAAGAUGGCCGAGGUCAGGCUGUCCCACCAUUUUGAAGACGAUGAUGACAAUGAAGAGAAGGAAUUUCUUCCAAAACAGAGGCAGGCCAGCUCUGCCAGGACACACCGUCAGUAUGUCAGACAGCACGGUCACAGGAAGAGGCACCCCUCCCUGAAUGACCCUCCCUCCUACAACACGGUAAUGGACUACCCCAACAGUGACGAUUCCGAUGGGGAGGGUAACACUCAUAAGAGGCAGCUGGAACCUUUGAUUGAGGGUAGCCAGGCCAGCAUUGACAAGAAAUCAGAGAGUUCAUUCACAUACCAGGAGAUGGAUGUACGACUAUACAGGGGAAUCAACCAGCCAGUGCUGCCUGUGGCAAGAUCUGAUGGUGACAUUGAAAAUCGCAACUCAGCCAGGCAGAAAGGAAACUAUCAGAUUCCCCAGUUAGGGAAGUUAUCAAGCAGCAAGGCAAGCAGUAGAAGUUCAAUCAAAAGAGAUGAACCAACUACACCUCAGGAGAACAGCAGAGGUUCAAUAAGGAGAGAUGAACUACCACCCACACCACAGGAAAACAGCCGAAGUUCACUAAGGAGACAUGAACCCAUCACUCCUCAGGAAGAGCGAGCUAGGACACCAUUGAUCGGUGCAGAAGUUUAUGAUAAGACAUCGAUGGUUGGGGACAAUACUUCUGGUAUUGUACAAAUGGGGACAGUGAGGGGACCCCCCGUCCAGCCACCCCUGUCACCGGUAGAGCCGGGCACCCCUAAAGUAGACAGUAACCCAAUGGAUAUUCCUCUGACGAGCUUCUCAGGGACUCUACAGAGACAGAAGUCCGGUAGAACCCGUACAACCAGUUUAUUCAUUGACCCUGAGGCACCAGAAGACAAAGACGUGUUUGAGGUCGAGGACGAUGAAGAUGAUGAUGAUGAUGACAUCUUCGCACCUCGUGUUCCCGGCCCCGAUGGCAGAAAACGCCAUAUUUCUGGUGACAGCAGAACCAGGCAUCUGUCAGGGGAGAGACACCAGGGGGAGAGGAUCAGACACCCAUCAGGGGAGGGGAUGUAUCGGGUCCCCACGGGGAGUAGUCCCGCCCGAGCUCCCCUGGGUAGCAGUCCAGCCAGGAACCCCAAUGAUGGCAGUCCAGCAAGACAGGGAGCUAAAAGCAGUCCCUCUAGAUAUCCCGACAACAGAUUACGGAAUCCCCAGGUGGAUAGACAUAGACAAAAAUCGGGGGAUAGGAAUAGAUAUAGUGUAACAAGUGAUGGAUCCAUGUAUGAUAGCACAGAGAUAUUUAAAAAGAAAGGUACAGACAAUAAUUACGAGGAUAUUGACUCGGACAUGGACUUUGAGAUUCCUCCCUUGGAGUCAGAUGCAGACGUGUUGUCUGAUGUGAGUCUUCCAUUGCCAAGUCCACCAGCUUUUGUUAAGCAAGCCUCCAAGGAACCCAGAUCUCCACUCAGAAGUUUUGCCUAUGACGAAGCUCCCACUGCUAUGUCACUACCUCUCUCUCCUUUCAUGGACUUUAGUGGAGGAACAUACAUCACAAUAGCUGCCUCACCUUCUAGUACAGUCAGCAGGACUCAGUUUGUGUUUCCUGACUCUGAGAACCUUCCACCCCCUCCCCCAGACUCACAGCUGAACGGAGGGGAGGCUUCAGGGGAAUCCUCUCUUCCUCCCCCUCCAAAGUUAUUCCACCCCCCACAGAGGCCCUCCUGGCACAAGACUGUCCCAUCCUCAGUCAGAAAUGGUGGCCCUGAUCAUUCCAACUCCAGUAAGAAUGGAGGUCCAGAGUAUGCCAAGAUACAGAGACAGGGAAGUCAGAGAGCGGAACCAGACAACGCUGGACAGAGCGGGGAACCAGCAACAGAGGCUCCAACCAGGAGUGGCAGCGUCAAAAGGAAAAACAUUCCAGCAAGACUCCACCUGACCAUCGUAUGUACCUUGUGUAUAUUGAGUUUGAUUGGAGGAGUGUACAGUAAAGUGAACUCCUCAGGAACCAAGGUCCACAUCACGGUGUAUGCUCCCAAACAUUUCUUCACCCAGAAAAUUGAAGUCUUUUUUCAUCAAGACAAGCCUGCUUAUGUUGUGGACAAUCCAUACAAAGUUCAGGCUUAUGAUGUUAAGGAACCUAAGCUGGAGAACUUGAACUCAUCCAAGUGUUACAAAUCUCUGUGUCCCCAGGGCUGUGACGAGGAUACUGGGCAGUGUAUCUGUAAGAAGGGGUACCGACCAGACUCACAUAACAAAUGUCAAGAUGUGAACGAGUGUAGAGAUGGUUCCUUCCUGUGUCACGAGGAUGCAGGGUGUCUCAAUAUGAUUGGUUCUUAUUACUGCAUCUGUAGCCCUCCCUUCUAUGGAAACGGGAAGUCUUGUGAGGAGUGUAAUGCCCCUUGCAGACCAGGAACCUAUCAGAAGGGAUCUUGUGGAAACAAUCAGCAAAAACAGUGUAUUGAGUGCACUGAUCAGUGUGAGAAAGGAUUCUACAUGUACAGUAAAUGUGGGAAAAUGGAUGACGCUAGUUGCCGCAUGUGCCAGGGAGAGUGUUUGGAUAAUCAGUAUGAGUACCAGAGAUGUACACAGUCGCAGAACAGAGUCUGUAAAGGCAGGGGGGAUCUGAAGCCACCCAUGGUCAGUGGAAAUGUUAUUGUGGAGGACCGAGAUGAUACCUAUAAGAAUGACAUGACAACGGUCCGUCACAGAGAGAGUGCCCCCGGCCAGAAUACCCAGGCCUUCAUGUUCUCUAAGGGGUCUGGAUUUUACAUUGAGGUGGCCUUGAAGUACCUUCACCCUGCCCCAAUGUUUUCUCCUGUCAAUCACUCGCGUCAGAACGAGCUGGACAGCUUCAAAGGAGAUCAAUCUGUGUUGACCAGAUAUUGUCCUUAUCCAAUGCCAAUAAAACAUGAACUGUACUACAAAACCCAUAAGAACAUAACUUACAAGGAGAGACAGAGAUACGGACACACCCAGAUCAAGCCCUGCACCACCUACACUCAGCAUGGACAGUACCCCCCUCAGGACAGCACCACCGAGGGGUCCAUCAUGUGCUCUGAGCCCGGUCCAGUCAGCAGUGUAUUCUCUGUACUAGACUCCCAGUUCACCACCAGCACAUCUACAUGGGUAGAGAAGUCUGAAAGCUGUCUGUUGAGUAAUGCUGCCUGUUUGAACUGUACGCGACACUGUGCCAAACAGAUGCUGUUACAGAGGGGGGAGUGCUCUAUCUCCGGGGGAGAUAACGGCCAGUCCCCCCGUCUCCCAGAAUGCUUCACAUGUUGUACCCAGAGUAACUGUAGCGAUGUCUGCAAAACGUAUCACGACUACAUCUGUCAAACGGAAAGAUGCAAACAAGGAGACCUAAUUGAGUUUAAACUUAAACCUGUGUACCAUCCCAAAGAUGACUUUUUGUGUCACAUGACACCAUUACCCAAUCAGAAACUUUUAGAGCUGGAGUAUACAAUCAAACACUACUAUAACACACUAAUGACUCAGAGCUUUACCAUAUAUGGAGAUGAGAUGUGGCAGAAGUUUGGGAAAUUGAAAUCAGACAAACACAUUGUUAAAGUGGAGGUAGAGUCUAUGUUAGACAUCAUUCCUGACAUUAUUGAGGGGUCACCGGGUCAGAGAGAUGUCACCGUGGGGAAAUACAAAACCUCGGGGGAAAGUGUCAGAAGUUCCUACAUACAGGGAUCUACAGCUCCAGUGAGGCCAACCAAACCAUACAUAGAGACUUCAAAGACAUUCGGUAAGAAGCAUUGUGAUGAUGAUGCAUUAGAGAACUUGAUCUCCAUCAACUCUGGAGAACCGUACACACAUCUACAGACUCUACAGGGUCGUUACCUAGGGAACUACACCUAUGUCAUCACUAACAGCACCGCCCAAUCACUGGUCAAGAUCGGGGUCGCUAAACAUGCCUCCAUAUUGUCCUCCUUGUAUCCAGGGGCAACACUGAAAGAAGGCAGUAUAAAAGGGAACAUUUCCCAUAAUUCCACACACUGGAAUCUCAAUGUAACUGGAGAAGUGGUGUCAUGCCCAGGUAUUCUGAAUGUAAACAUCACUGACCCUGAUUACCCCAAUCGACCUCUGUACCAGUAUGACAUACAGGUCAAGUGCCCCCCUCACUUCUCCCUAGUGUUUUCUGUCCCCAGCGGUGAUGCCUCGAGGUUUAACAAGCAGUUCAUCAUCUCUGUCAAGGACAACCUUAGGAAAUCACAGCUACAUGUGUACAGAGCCAGUGCCAGUCAGCUCAGCUCUUUGAGAGGUCGAGAGUCCCAGUCUGUGCACUCUACAGAAGCAGUUGUCCCCCCUCAUUUCUCCGUCCCAUUCAUCGUAUCAGUCUGUGGAGGUGUACUUCUACUUAUAUUUGUCUCCACUGUUGGAAUCGUUGUCAAAUUUGGUCAGCCAUUAGGGGACGUGCUCCAGUUCCGCUGGUGUCACCUGGUCCUGAUGGUGUUUUACGUGACAUUCCAGUUUAUAUACGCUGCCUGUGUGUCCAUCACAGUCUUCUAUCUGAUCAUCAUAGCCAGUAACAGUGACACUACAGCAUUUCUUAAGAACUACCAACACCAGCGCUCUGUAAAGACGGCUUUCAGUAACUUGGAGCUGGACCACCUACAGCGCCAUCUACAGGUGGAGCUCCAGCGACAAAGGGAGAUAGCUGCUGCCUCCAAACACCAGUGUCAAGUCAAGAUGAAGAGGGUCGUCAAGCAGUUUAAUGAUAUGAACAGCUUGCUGGAGAAGGAAGUUAAGGACCGGAUAAUGGUAGAGAAUAUCAAAAAUCUGUUGUCACGACACACAGAGGGCCUUAUACAGGACUUCACAAGCAAUCUCAACAACUACAAAGAGCAUUACAAGAGUUAUAUAAAGCAUACAAAGAAGGUGUUUGCUGCCAAUAUUGAGGAGACGUAUCGUAGCGUGGAGAGGAGUAAAUGGCUGGCCGGCCCCGACUUCCUCCAGAAGGCCGUCAAGAACUUCCGAGACCUAGAUAGUCUGCCUACGAAGCCGUUCAUGGAGUGGUUAGGGAUUCCUCAGGACCUGACACAGAUCUCAGGAGAUGAUGUCUCCAUCCCCCUUCCCCAAACUCCAAGGCUGUCUAAGGUUUUCAACUCUGGCUCCCAUUCCUCUGGUCAAGCUGACACGGUUAACUUCAACAAGCCAGAGAGGACUGUCCACAAACACAACAUGUGGUUCUUUGCUGAUGAUCCAUUCAAAGCUAAAGAGAACCAGACAAGGUCACAGACAGGUCAAGGUCAUGCCACAGAAAAAGAGCCGCGGUCCAGUAAUUACACAGGAUUCUUUUUCGUGAUGGCUGUGAUUGACAUUAUGUGGUUCCUUCACCGGAUCCUCAAGUCUCUCGGGGUGGCCAAGCUGCUGUUGUAUGGGUAUCCUAUAUUUGUGGGGAUCAGGGAGAAGACAAAUGAGAGAAACCCUGAUGGUUCUGCCAGGAGACAGAGUCAAAUCUUCCAGUCAGGGGCCUCCAAAACAUUCAAAAAAUUCUUCAUUAAGACACUGUCUAGUAUGUUUGUGCCAAAAGUCAUUGCCACCAUUUUUGUGUGUCUGUUCAUCUAUCUCAUUUCCGUGACAACAUUCCAUUUCGUAAAUAGGGAGACAUUUAGCUACCUUGGGUAUUAUAACAAUAUGGAUGAUCUCCUGAAGCUGAAUGAGGACUUUGUGAAUCGCCGGAUCGAAUCUCAGGCCAGCAGAAUCAACACUAUGGAGUACCCUACCUAUCAGGAGUUAAUGAAUAUGUAUGUACAGCGCCACCUAUACUUACACCGCACCAUAGAGAGCCAGUGGCACCACCUACAGGAAGCCCACAGCGGCUUCUACUGCCGAUACAAGCAGAGUCUGGAGCCUAACGCCAAAUGUAGUGAUCCUCUACAAUCCAGAUUUGGGGACAAGGAUAUAGAAGUGUGCCAUUUUGAACAAAUUGAACCCAAUUUUUAUUCAAACGGCCAUGUCUCUGACUCCUCCGUGGCAGAAAUACAAAUGGAUGCCUUCCUGACCAACAUCAGAAAACUGAUCUCAGAUACCUGCUAUAUAUUACUCAUCUACAUGUCUGUCAUCAUCAUCAAAGAACUCCUCGGCACCGUCAUCUGGCUCUAUCUAAAGAGGUCAGCAUUUAUAAACCUGAGAUUGAUCUAUGAAGCUGACAAACCCCCGCCCACUGCCACUGGGAGAGAGAGGUGAUCUUUGGAGAGGACUUAUGAUAGAUGACCGGAGAGGACUGGUUAUAAACGUUUUACGAUGACUGGUGAUAGAUGUUCUGAGAUGAAUGAGGAUGUCAGUUAGAUGUGAUCAUAAUUAAUGUAUGGUUACUCCUUAAAGUACUGAACAAUAUAAGGUUUUAAUUCAAUUAAGAAGUAAAUAUCUGGAAAGAGUAGAAAUUCUUUCUAUUUGAAUUGACUGUUACGUGCUUUUGAAGCAUGCAUUUUUCUAAAGAUUUACAUAUUACACUGCAACAACAUUUGUAAGAGGAGUGCAUGCAGUUAGUAAUCUUAGUACAUAUUGUGCAUUUAAAGUACAGAUGAGUACAUUGCAGAAUAAAAUAUGUGUGAGUGAAAGAAAAGUCAUGAAUAAACAAUUCCUUUGUGAGUUAUGACAUUGAUAGCUUUACUGUUUAUGUUGAUUUGUUUACUGUUGCUUGAGAUCUCAUAUAUUGUUUGAAAACCAGAAAUGUGUACUUAUUUACUUCACACUGAGGGCAUAAUAUUUCAUUAGCAGUCUUCAUUUUUGUUUGUUUCCACCUUUUACACCAUACCAAAAUCAUGAAGCAGAAGGAUAAAAUUUGAAGUACCAGAAUUAAUAUUUUAAAUUUUGCUUGAAAAUUAAACAAAAUUGUGUUGUUAAUUUCUUAUAUGUUACCAGAAGGUGCUUGUUAUGUUUCAAUGUUUAUAAACACCACCAUAAAGUUAUAUGUGUCUGUGAUAUAUAAUUUUUUACAACAGGUCAGUUAAAAAGUAUGUUUUAGUGGAAUGUUUCAAUGAUAAUUUUGUUUUUGUUUUUAAAUUUUAAAUUUGUCAUAUAAAAGACAAUGCUUUAAAAAGAUGGUAAUAUUAAAUCUUUGGAAACAUUAAUGUAGCUGUAAGAAGUAAACCGUAGCAAACUGAAUCAAUUACUUUGUAAAAGUUUAAUCUGCAAUGAAAUUUUUUUUUAAGAUUAAUGUAAAUUUGUUUUUGUAAGCAUGGGAGUGCAUUUAUUGUGUAACACAGUUCCUAAUAUGUAUUCUUAUUUUUAUUUUAUCACAAAAUUAAACAUUGGAGUUAAUGUUCUUAGUACUUACAAUAUAUUUUUUUUUAUUUACCUAAAAUAACUUGAAACCAUUAAUACCUUGCAUAGUGUAAGAAAUUAUUAAUUAAUGAUGCAUUACAUUAGCAACAUAAAGUUAGGUUUGAUAACCAGAACUUUUCUGUAUAAUGAAAUAAAGAGGUAUAUUUUGAUGUGUGAUAAAUUUAAAUGGUAUACUUAGACUUGUACUUAAAACUAGUCAUAAUAUAAAGCCAAGGAACAAAUUAAGCUAUAUAAGGAGGUACAGUCAUACAUUUGGUGCAUUUUGAAACUUCCAAUUUUUACAGUAGUCUAGCUUUACAUACAGUGUGUUCAUGAUGCUAUAAAUUCUUUCCAUAGAAAUGGAAGGUGUUCACACAUAAAGGUGUUUAAAUAUUGUUGGGUUUGACCUCAUUAACUGUUGAAGGUCAGUUCAAUUCACAAGAUGUUUUUGAAACAAUUUAAAUUGACCAGUGAAUUUAGAAUAUAAUUUUAUAACACUUUGAUAAAUUUAGUUAUAGAGGCACCUUAUAUAUUGCUCAUGGAAAGCUUUAAUUGCCAGAUUUAUAAUUAGCUUUGUUACUAGUAUUAUAAAUUUUAUUCCACCAAAGUUUAUUUUUUAAUCUUGUAGUAGUGAUCUUUUAAUGCAGCUUGCCUGGAUAAAGUAGAAUAGCAGUUAUCGUUAAUUGUUAUUUAGUGUGUGAUCACCCACAUAAUGUGUUUUAUUUUUAUGUCACUACAUCUCAACUAUAGAAGCAGAGAUUUAGAUGAUUUUUUUUAAUUUUAAAAAAUAUUGAUUUCUAGCAUAGUUAGUGCUUUUAAGAUAUAUUUUUAUGCAUUCAGGAAGAAGCAAAUGUUUAAUUUUGUUAAAUUGUAUGAUCAUUCAAAUGGUUGUCCUUUUUUAAAAGAUGGAUGUUUUACAGAUAUUGCAUUUGUAGUAUAUUUUUUGUUUUGAUACAUAUGUAAAACGUAUAUCAUGGUCACACUUUAUUACCAAUGGGUUGUAAUUUUGUAUCAGAUCAUGUAUUAUUAUUUUAAUUGAUUACUGCGGUUGUGUCAUGAUACAUUUGGGACAUUUUUAGAUGAUACCUUGUGUUAUUGCUUUAUGUAACACUUGUAUAACAUUUAUAAUAUUU